ACUCUGAUAUAUUGACUUAGUGAAUCUACUGUUAAUAAAAGUCACUAAACUUUCUAUUAAUCAAAUUUCAGUUCUUCUGACUCAAUACAUAUAACUUGAGUUAGGGAGUUAAUCUAAUAUAAAUUCUCACUUAGGAUUGUGGUCCUUUCAGAACUCCCUGACUUGUUAUUCUUCAGAAUAAUGCAUAGUACUGAAUGUUCUGGCACAGUGGUUUUCAACCUUUUUUUCAUUUGUGGAUCCCCACAAAGUUUCAAAUGGAGGUGCCUGCUCCUUUGGAAAUUCAACCUCUGGUCCAUGGACCCCAACCAUAGAAGUCUUGCACUGAAAACUGGCUGAACAGAAUUCAACUAUAAAUGUUGCACAUGCUCGGCAUGGCAUUUGAUUCAGUUAAUGCUGAAAGCUGUAAUGUAACAGAAAAGAAAAAGCAGUCACCUCUGACAGAUAAUCUUUCGCCAUGGGAAGAAUGGUUCAUUUGCAAAGAGAGAGAGCUACGUGUCCGCUUACAAGCCAGAGCUUUAGAGGAAAUGAAUUUACAAAUGGAGAGAAGAAAAGAAAAGCAGGAACUUGAAAGGAAAAAAAGGAUUGCUGAAGAGAAACACAAGGAAUGGGUGCUGAAAAAGAAUGAAGAGGAAAGAAAGGAAAAGGAACGAAAGCUCAUCAAAAAAAUGGCAGAAAAAGCAGCGAGAGAUCUAGAGAGAAUCCAAUUGCAGGAAAAAGCUAAAGGAAAGUAUAAAGAAUGGCUAAAGAAGAAAAGAGCUGAAGAGUUUGAGAAGAAGAAGAAAGAGGAGGAAAAGGAACAAAAAAGGGUAGCUGAAUUACAGGAGAAAAAAGAGAAAUCAGAGAAGAUCUUUAGAGAGUGGCUACAGAAUGCCAGAAAUAAGCCCCGCCCAGUUUUACACGGUUAUGGCUAUACGAAUGGGAAACUUCCAGGAUACUCCAAAGGAAAUUCAUAUCCAGCUCCAGCCUAUUGUAACCCUAUUCCCUGGAAACCAAUUCAUGUGCCACCGUCUAAGGAAGAUAAGAAUGUUACAGUGAAAAAAAAUAAGAGACCUAUAUCCAGUCAGUCAUAUAGGUCCUCAGCUAUGGUAAUCCAUAAACCCAAGAACAAUCUUUGUAUUGGAUCAUUGCACAGAAAACAAAGAUAGUAUAGGAAGCAAAAUAACUUUUUUUUUUAUUAGCUUGAUUUAACUAAGUUUUAAAGUACAAAAGUUAUAUCUUGGUUAAGUGUUUCCUUAAAUGUUAAAAAAUACAGUGUUGAAAGACAACAUUUUAUCAGCUUUUAACAGUUGUGAUCAUUUUAAUGUUAGCUAAGGAAUAUCUUUUCCAAAGACUUUUUAACUGUUAUUUUAACACUUAGAAAAUUAUCUUUUAAAAAUAUGUGAACCAGUCUUUUUAGUCACUUAAGUGACCUUUAUGUUUGUUUUUUAAAAAUUUUAUAUGUAGCCAGUUAUAUUGCAACCACUCCUUGAUAUCAAUAAAACAUUAGUGAUUAGUUUUUGUGAUUCUUCAAA